GUCCUUUCUUUUCAAUCCACGCCCAGUGGCUAUACGCGGUUGAGCAUGCUUUUGUUUUAAAAACACAUAAUAAUCAUGGAUACCAGAAAAUUAAUAGAAAUAUUGAAUGCUACUAUGGUUCCCAAUCAAAGGGAGCAAGCCGAAGAACAGCUUUCACAGUCUAUAAAAAUAAUUGGCUUCACUCCCUCCAUAUUGCAAGUUGUUACGUUGAAUGAUGUUCCGCAACCAGUCCGAUUGGCAGCAGUGAUUUAUGUAAAGAACAUAGUCAGCACUUCAUGGCAUCCUAAGGAAAUUGAGGAAGGAGAUACAAAACCUAUUUACAAUUUACAUGACCAAGAUCGAGCAAUGCUAAGAGAUAAUAUUGUUGAUGCAAUUAUUCAAACACCACAUUUAGUACGAGUUCAACUAUGUGCUUGUUUAAAAACUAUAAUAAAAUAUGAUUUCCCAGAUAAAUGGACACAAAUUGUUGAUAAAAUAAACAUAUACUUACAAAGUUCUGAGCCUGAUAGUUGGAUGGGAGCAUUACUAUGUCUUUAUCAAUUGAUAAAAAAUUAUGAAUAUCAUGUCUCAGACAAAAGAGCUCCUCUCAACGAGGCUAUGAAUUUGUUAUUGCCUAUGCUAUAUAAUCUUAUGGUUAAUAUUCAGUCAGAUCAGUCAUCGGAAUCUGCACUUAUACAGAAACAAAUUCUAAAAUGUUUUCAUUGUCUAACAAAGUACAUUUUGUCAUUGGACUUAAUAUCAAAAGAAACAUUCACCAAGUGGAUGGAAGUCUUAAGAUCUGUCAUGGAAAGGCCCGUCCCAGAUCAAACAUUAGAAGUUGAAGAAGAAGAGAGAGUACAAUUGCCAUGGUGGAAAUGCAAAAAAUGGGCCAUUCAUACUUUAUACAGACUUUUUGAAAGGUAUGGAAGCCCAGUAAAUGCUCGUGAGGAGUAUGUAGAGUUUGCUGAUUGGUACUUGACUACUUUUACUGGAGGGAUCUUAGAUGUAUUGUUCAGAAUUCUAGAUCAAUAUAGAAACAAGAUUUAUGUAUCACCUCGAGUUUUGCAACAGUCUAUAAGUUACAUUGAUCAAUGUGUGAGUCAUGCUUAUUCUUGGAAACUCCUGAAACCACAUAUGUUUGCAAUCAUCCAAGGUGUGCUGUUUCCCCUUAUGUCAUAUUCUGAUGCUGAUGAAGAAUGUUGGGUAAAUGACCCUUAUGAGUACAUAAGAAUUAAAUUUGAUGUAUUUGAAGAUUUUAUAUCGCCAGUAUCUGCAGCUCAAACACUCUUGAUGUCUUGUUGUAAAAAGCGGAAAGAAAUGUUGGAAAGGACUAUGCAAUUUUGUAUGGAAGUUUUGACUAGCUCAAGUGGAGCCUAUGGUCCUAGACAGAAAGAUGGUGCAUUGCACAUGGUUGGCACACUUAAUGAAAUUCUUAUUAAAAAGAAAUUCUAUAAAGAGCAAAUUGACUCCCUUUUAAGUCAAUUUGUGUUCCCAGAAUUUCACAGUCAAUGUGGAUUCAUGAGAGCAAGAGCAUGCUGGGUCCUUCACUGUUUUGCUCGUGUCCAUUUCAAGAAUGAAGUCCAGCUAGCGGAGGCAGUGAGACUUUCAAUUCAUGCACUGUUGCAUGAUGCAGAUUUGCCAGUUAAAGUUGAAGCUGCAGUUGCCAUACAAAUGUUAUUAACUUCUCAAGAAAAGGUUCACCAGAUGUUGGAACCGCAGGUUAAGGAAAUUACAUGUGAACUACUUAAAGUUAUAAGAGAAACGGAAAAUGACAACAUUGCAAAUGUGCUGCAAAGAAUUGUUUCUGUCUACACUGAACAAUUAAUGCCUAUGGCAGUUGAAAUUACGCAUCAUCUAUCCCAAACAUUUAUUAGAGUAAUUGAAACUGAUAGUGGGACAGAUGAAAAGGCGAUAACAGCUAUGGGAUUGAUAAACACAAUGGAGACAGUCCUCAAUGUAAUGGAAGAUAAUGAAAAGAUUUGUGAAGAACUUGAGCCUCUCAUUUUAAAUGUUACAGGUUACAUAUUGUACCAUGAUAUCAUUGAAUACUAUGAAGAAGCAAUGACUCUUCUUUGCACUGUUACCACAAAAAGAAUUUCUAAAAAUAUGUGGUCAGUUCUAGAAAUACUGUAUAAAGUAUUUGAGAAAGAGGGUUUUGAUUAUUUUACUGAUAUGAUGCCCGUUUUUCAUAAUUUCAUAACAGUUGACACAGAAGCUUUUCUUUCAAAUGAAAACCAUAUUCUAGCUAUGUUCAAUAUGGCUAAAGCGGUUCUAAACUCAGGAUUAGAAGAUGAGACUGAAGUACAUGCCGCAAAACUUCUUGAAGUUAUGGUUCUACAAUGCUCUGGAAAAAUUGAUAAUUGUCUUCCUUCAUUUGUGGAGCUUGUAUUAAACAGAUUGACAAGGAAAGUUAACUCAUCUGAGUUGAGGUCCGUGUUAUUACAGGUCAUUAUAGCAAUACUGUAUAGCAAUCCUCACCUCUUCGUUAACAUUUUGAUGAAAUUUCAAGAAUCUGUACAUAGUGUAUCUAUCAUACAGUUCUUUAUGGAACAAUGGUUACAUGACACAGACUGUUUUGUGGGACUACAUGACCGUAAGUUGUCAGUACUCGGAAUUUGCACUAUUUUAGAAAUGGGUCCUCAAAGACCAAGCAUAGAUGAGGUUCUGCCAAAGAUUUUACCAACUUGUUUAGUACUUUUUGAAGGAUUAAAAAGAGCGUACGAAGCAAAAGCUGAGGCUGAUGAUGACACCUCCUCUGAAGAGGAAGACGACGACGAUGACGAAGAGGUGCUUUCUUCCGACGACGAUGACUUCAAUCAAAUGAAUAAUCAAUACUUAGAAAACCUUGCUCGUAUAUCUGCAAAAAAGGGCGCUGAACAGAACAUCACAAUUACUGCUAAUAUUGAAUUUGAAAGUGAUGAUGAUGACGAUGAUGGCUAUGUUGACGAAUCUGCUAUUGAUUGCUACACAACCAUACUGGAUAUGAAAGAUUGUCCAGUUGAUGAGUACGUCAAAUUUAAAAAUACCCUAUCAGCACUUUCCACAAGUGAACCUGCACUUUAUCAUGCUCUAAUGGGUGGUCUAAAUGAAGAGCAGAAAAAACAACUGAAUGCCGUCUUUGUCCUGGCUGAUCAACGAAAGGCACAACAAGAUAGCAAGCGCAUUGAACAGAGUGGUGGAUACUCCUUUACAGUUCCAGCACAAGUACCAACCACCUUUAAAUUUGGUUCAUAAAGUUUUAAAUUUCUGUUUUGUAUGCAUGAAAUUUUAUUGUUCCUUUCAUAAUGAAUUGAAUUUUAAAUAAUUUAUGUUUUAUUCACAUUAUAUUGUUUUCCUGUAACUCUGAGAAAUACAAUCGUUCAAAUCAAA